AGGCAACCGCAAUGGAUCAGGAAGAGGGGUCGACCACCGUGGACAAUAUAGUCACUCAGUUCAACACCUAUGAAGAUUUCCUGGACUCGCAGAUCACUACACUGGACAUGUACUACCUGGAGGAUGAAGGCCUGGCCCGCCAGUUGGUGGAGCUAGGCUACCGCGGGACUGGGGAGGUGGUGAAAAGGGAAGAUUUCGAAGCAAGGAAGGCAGCGAUAGAGAUUGCAAGGUUGGCUGAAAGAACUCAGAAAAAGAUAUUAACAAGUGCUGGUAAAGACCUGCAUGAUAAUUUUCUGAAGGCUCUGGCAAUGAGAGAAGAAGACAAUCGCAGUGGAAUAGUAAGCUCCGUGAUCUUUAUUCGUGACAGAAAUUCUCAUGGGCAGGAGGUAUCAGGAUACAUUGACUAUGCCCACAGGCUAAAGAUUGAAGAUUUUGAAGUCUACUUUAGUGGAAAAAAAAGACUUCUUCCAAGACCCACAGAUAUGAGUUUUUACAACUGGGACAGUCAUGUUGCUGUUUGGAAUUCAACUCCCAACUACCAAGUGAUUGCUGAUAAUCCAGAAGGCUUACUUUUCAAAUACAAAAGAGACAGAAAAAUUCUCAACGUGGACCCUAAGGCUCAACCAGGUGACAACUCUACUAGAACCCCUAUCCAGACAGAGCUGUACAUGCAAGCUGUCAUUUUUGACCAUGUUUCCAGAAGAAAGACUUAACUACCAACAUGUUAGAUGGUUUCCUAAUGGUUUGCUAAAUUUAAAUGACUCCUAUAACCAGAAGCAAAUUAGAAUAAUAAAUGAGUCCUGUAGCUAUAAGGCAAAUCAGAAUAAUAAAAGUUGAUAAAGCAAUUAGAAAGAAAAUCAUGAUCUUGACUAUUUGUUUUGUGGUACAAAUAACUUCUUAAUCUGAUUUGAGGUUUUUCUAAAUUAUUUUUCCCCUAAACACUGAAGCUGAUUGCAAUAGUUCAUGGGAGAAAAUCUUGUUGCUACUUCAAAGAUAUAGUAAUUAGUGACUUCUUUUGUACCUCAGAUUUUCCACAUUUUUCCAAAUGUUCCAAAAAUGUUCUAGGUCCUACUAUUGCCAAAUAUAGCAGGCCAAGCCUUAUACCACAUGGCAGUGCUAUCCCCCGAAAUCACUGGAAGACAGGCAUAAGGAAAUAUAAAUACAAGGUUUUUAGUAGCACU